GUAUACCCUCUAUGCAAACUAGGAAGACCAAAGAAUCCUGUACCUCAAAAAGCUACGCCCGUUAUCAAUAAUCAACAGCCUGAGAUCUUGAUCGAUUUUGAACAAGACCUUUAUGAGGAUGAACCUAUGUAG